AUGUGGAGGUAUCUUUUACGGUUCACUAGGCUUGAUCGCCAUCGUGUUUCCAGAUUAUUAAAUACGCAAUGUAAUUCUCAAACUUCACCAACAUUUAUUAAAACAUUAUCUUUUGCUAUCCCAUUCGCUUGGUGGCCUUUUGAAUUUUUAAAAGAGAAGGAUGUACAUGAACAGAUUCGUCAAUCAUUUAAUGAUUGCUUAUUUCUUAUAGCUAAAGGCGAAUUCAAAGAAGCAGAUGAUAAACUACACGAACUAUUGUAUUUUGCAAAUCAGUCUUAUCAAAAUAAACAGCUAACUGAUCUUGACUGCAGAAAAGCUCAUCAGACAAACAAUGGAGGAUUGUUUAACAGGGGAUUAUCACCAAAUGAUUCUGUGUUUGUUGAAUUAUCACUUAAAAUGGCAUUAAUAUUUGAAAAGUCUGAUAGGAUGACUGAUGCUGAGACUGGUUUUCGAUUUUGUAUUCAAACUCAAGAAGAAAAAUUGACUAAUAUGGAUGAAGAUAUAGAUUGUACAAAUGAAAAAGCUUUACUGGGGAUGUGCUGUAACUAUUUUGCCAAAUUUCUUUUUACAAAUCGAAGACCAACAGAAGCCUUAGUUUAUGCUCAACGUGCUUAUAACAUUGCCAGUCAGAUCUACCCUCUGGAUCAUCCAAAUUGCUUAAAUAUACUAAUCGAUAUUAGUGCAAUUCAAGUAGAUCUAAAUCAGUUUAAAGAAUCUCAGCAUACUCUUGAACAAGUGAUUGAAGCAAGUCAAACGAGAUAUCAAUCUUUUACUGAUGAAUACAAAAUUGAUCCUAAUCUUUUGAAAUCAAAUUAUUCAAAACAGUAUGAGAUAUAUCAAAUUUUAUAUACCCUAAUACAUUCAUUACUACAGUUAGCUGUAGUUAAAAUAAUGUCGAACAAUCAAGAGUCUGUUAAACAAUUAUUACUACAAGCUAAUCAAAUCUUGGAUCAAAGUAGACAAAUGGGUUUGAAAACCUCUAUGCAUCGUAAACAAAUUGAUGAUUUUAUAGUAGAACAUCAUGUUUAA